AUGGCCGUCCUUGACCAGGACAAUUUCUCCAACAUUUCAUGGCACAGCGAGCAGAACCAAGAUGCCGCAGGGCCGAGUACAUCUACGUCUCAUGACCGUAACCACGAUCCCGAGUAUGCCAAGAGCAGGUCGGAUGUAGACAGGUCGGGCGACGAGGGACCCGACCAUGGCCACACCGGCGGGGAGAUCCUUGAGUGCGUCGUGUCGGAAGCACACAAGGAAAAUGACGGCACCAAGGACGCAUAUGUUUCAUACUUAAUCACAACAAACACGACCUUCCCUACCUUCCAGCGGUCGACAGCCUCCGUCCGCCGCCGCUUCACAGAUUUCGUGUUUCUCUACAAGGUCCUCAUUCGCGACUAUCAGGGAUGCGCGGUCCCACCGCUGCCGGACAAGCAGCGGAUGGAGUAUGUGCGAGGUGACCGGUUCGGGCCAGACUUCACCUCGCGCCGCGCCUACUCCUUGCAACGCUUCCUCACCCGGCUCGCCCUGCAUCCCAUCCUCCGCCGCGCAAGCAUACUUCACACCUUCCUCGAGAGCCCCGACUGGAACGCGACUAUGCGCAGCCAAAAAGAGCGGCUCGGCCCCGCCGGUGCUGGCGGAGACGGCUUCGGCCAAGUCAGUCAAGCCCCUGCCGGCGGCAGUGGUGGCGUUUUCGACUCCAUCGCAGACAGUUUCAUGAAUGCCUUCACCAAGGUCCACAAACCAGACCGGCGCUUCAUCGAAGUCAAAGAGCGAUCCGACAAGCUCGACGAGGAUCUCAACCACGUCGAGAAGGUCGUCUCCCGCGUGGCGCGCCGCGAAGCCGACCUGGAAACGGACCUGCGCGACUUGGCCGAGCAGUUCCAAAAGCUCAUCACGCUUGAGCCGGGCGUCGAGUCCGCCGUGCACGCCUUCGCUGCAUCCGUCGAAGACACCGCGGCGGGACUCAAACAGCUCCGCGACCACACUGACCAGGACUACCUCGGCUCGCUCCGCGACAUGACCGCAUACUCGGCCGCUCUCAAGAACCUGCUAAAGGCGCGCGAGCAGAAGCAGCUCGACUACGAGCAGCUGACCGAAUACCUCAACAGGGCCACCGCCGACCGCGACAUGCUCGCCUCGGGCCACGGCCACUCCACGGGGUCGUUUGGGUCGGGCGCCCUCAGCGGUGCGGGCGGGUUCAUCCGCUCCAAGAUCGAGGACGUGCGCGGCGUCGACCAUGAGCAGGCGCGCCGCGACAGGCAGCGCAAGCUGGAGCUGCGGAUCGACGAGCUGACCGGCGCGGUCGAGACCGCGCGCGCCGAGGCGGAGAACUUCGCGGACCAGGUCGUGCGGGAGGUCGAGAGCUUCGAGUGGAUCAAGCGGGUUGAGUUCAAGCGCCAGUUUGGCGGGCUCGUCAAUGCGCAUAUUGACUUCUACGGCGGCGUGAUCGACGUGUGGGAGCGGUACGUGAAGGAGAUGGAGAAGGAGGGCGUCGUGGGCCCGGCUUAG